UUUCUCACUAUUAACGGUCCUAAAAAAUUAGCCAGAAAGACGAAAUCUCCAGAUCUCUAAAAAUAAAAUAAAAAUAAAUCAAAAAUUUAAAAACCCUAAAAAAUCAAAUAAAAAAUCAAUCUUUUUAGGGUUUCUUGAUCCGAUCUUCAAUCGUCGAAAUCUGGUUUUGAUUGCAAUUGUGAUUUUCUUUUUAAAAAUCAAAAUCAAGAAUUUUAGGUUUUUUUUUUUUUUUUUUCAUUUUUGUUAGGGUUUGUUUGUUUGUUUGAAUAAUGAACGAUCAGCCACCGGCGACGAUCAUGAACCAGCAGCCACCGCAAUUGAUGAGUCAGGCACCGCCUAUUCCGGUCAUGAAUCCGGCACAACCUCCUCCUCCGCCGAUUUCUAUUCAGUCACAGAUGUUGAGUCACAGUCAAGCCAUGAAUCAACCACAGCCGUUGAUGAUGAUGAACCAGAGACCGUACAAGAAGUUUCAAAAUCAGCAGCAGAAUCCGUUGAAGUUCAAUAACAAUUUUGUCCCUUCGAAGCCUCGAAGCAGCAGCCACAACAACAACUGGAAGGGUAAAAAUGUCAACAACAACAAAAGAAUGGAGAAUUCCAAUAAUAACCCUGCCUUAUCCGGUGGUGGAGGGUAUAAGCCGCCGAGCUUGAAUGAUUUGCAAACACAAAACAGAAUGAAAGCGCGGAAAUAUUAUCAUCCAAAGAAGAAAUUUAAUAACCGUUUUGCGCCUUAUGCGCCGAGGAAUACGACGUCGUUUAUUAUCCGUGCGAAAAAGUCUGGUGGGAUUGCAUCGUUGGUUUCGCCGUGUCCGGUGACUCCGGCGGUGUUGCCGACUCCGAUAUUUUCGCCAUCGAGGGAGGUGUUGGGGGAUAUGGCGAAGGAGGAGUGGGGUGUUGAUGGGUAUGGAUCGAUGAAGGGGUUGAUUAGGUUGAGAUCGCCGGGGAACGAAGCGAAUGAGGAUGAGGAAGAUGAAGAGGGAAAUGGAUCGAGUGAGAGUGAUGUAGAGGAGCAUGUGGAAGUGGAGAGGAGAUUGGAUCAUGAUUUGAGUAGGUUUGAGAUGAUUUAUCCGAGCGGCGGAGGAGGGGAGUAUAGUUAUAAUAAUGUUUUGGAGAAUAGGGUUGAUGAUCAGGACACCCACAUAGCGCAAUUGGAAGAGGAGAAUUUGACUUUGAAAGAAAGAUUGUUUUUGAUGGAGAGGGAGUUGGGGGAUUUGAGGAGGAGGUUGCAGUUUUUAGAGAGGCAGCAGCAUCAUCAUCAUGGGCAGAGCAGUAGUGCUAUGGUUGUGGAGGAUGUUAAUGAGGAGGUUGUGGAGAAUGUUUCGGAGAAUGAUGAGAAUGAGAGUGAUGGAGUAUCUGAUAUUGGUGGGAAUACUGGAGGUGACGGUAACGAGGAGGUGAUGGAGUAUGUAGGUGGAAAUGGAGAGAGAAGGAAUGUUAGAGAUGGUGGUAAGGAGGAGAGUAAUGAUGUUUGUAUGGAAGAGAAUGUACCUGAUGAUCACCUUAUUGUGAAGCAUAAGGUUAAGGAUGAGAACGCAACUAGUGGAUAUGUAGACGAAGUGAUUAUUAAGGAAAAUGAAGUUAAGGGUGGAGAAAGAGGAGACUGGUUUGUACCUACUGAUGCAGAAACGGGGAAGGAUGAUGGAGCAAAGGAUGAAGAAAGGGGAAUUGAAGUUUUACUAGACAGGGUGGUUGCAAAGGAGGAGGAGGAGCCUGUCCAAGGGUGAUUAUGAUAUUGGUGACAACAGGAUUGUGCAAGACAAUUGUUUCAAAGAAGGAAGUCCAUUGAUGAACAAUUGCACUUAGAGAAGAGCAUUGGCGGUGGUGACUAAUCUUUUGUCCCGCGUUAAUGAGAUCUGAAACUUGUGAGCCUGAAGAGUUCACCCUCCGAAAUCCCAGAUUGUUAUGACAUUUAGCCAUAAAAAUUAUACAUGAUUGAGUGAUUUCUGUGACUUAAUAGUGGAUGGUAGGUUUAUCUCCUUACGAUUCCAGACAUGAAUAGAAGUAGAAUACAAGCUGUUGGAGAUUUCAAUAAGACUUUCCUAUCUGAGAGUACCUGAUUAACACUUUACAAUUUGAGAAUGCUGGGAGAUUUGGUUGCAGGGUUGCUCUUGGAACUUUGCUUAUCAGUGCUAAACUUUUACCUGUGAUGCCUGCAACUAUUGCUGCUAAUUGUGGUCUGUGGUCCAGUAACUGUUGGAGUGACAACCAGUGGCCAAAAUUGGAAAGUGUGUGAAGUAGCAGGCUGAUGUUGCUUUCACACAAGUGAUUGUACUGGUGGAUGAUGCAAAAAAUCGUGGACUUGAUGAUGCUAAUGAGCUUGACAGUAAGUUUUGACUUGCAAAUGAGGUGGGUCGGAAUCUGGUGCAUUUGUGGGGAUUUUUGUCUAUAAGUUCAUUAUCUCUUCAUAUUGCAUUUGAAUAUUGUAUUGAAAGAAUGGGACGAUGACCUUGGAUGAAUCUUUUCCCAAAUUGUCAGUUGUUAGAAUGAGUUUCAAAAUUUGUUUUAUUACUUGAUUGACUAGGUUUGUUUCCUUUUGAAUUUAAAGAAUGCGAAACCCUCCUAAUGACAUUUUAACAUAUUCUGGCUUGAUUAUAUUUAUUUUUUUGGGACUCUUUGUGGAGGUAAAUAAUUUGACUCUCUUACUGGCCACACAGACCAGCUACCAAUCCACCCAACAGUGGAUUGGUUGCUUGAUCAGACUGAGUCAUGGCUUAUGCAUGUCUAUCUUUCAGUUGCAUAACUUGGUCUUUUGUCUGUCAACGAGGAUGAUUCCAAUCAUUGGUGCAAGUGAGAACAUUCUUGAGCUGAAACUGAUUCAUCCACAUGGGAUUUUAAAGAUGGGGGUGAGUGGGGUACAUGGGUCUCAGCCAAGGAAGCAGAGUGAUUGAUGGUAUCAGCCACUCUGCAGCAGCAGCAUCAUCCUAUGCAGUGGCCAAAUGUGCAAUAAGCCUUUGUCUGGCGAAUGCUGUUAUUGACCUGAACACGGGAUGGUGAGAUGAGAAGUACUCACUUUUGAUAGCUUAUAAGAUGCUGUAUUAAAUUAGUUUUCGUAGUUGAGAUCAAUUAUUCUGCGCAUUCUGGCAUUAAAUUGUUUUUGGUUGCAUCACAUGUUUCUGAAAUCUUCUCUUCUGUGCUAGCUACCGAGGAUAUGAUUUCAGUGAUACAUCGAUCAGCAUUCCAGGAGAUGAGGUUUAUGAGAACAUUACACUUUGGUCUCUCUCCAUCUUCCUUGUCCCGUGUUCCUGCAUUCUCCUGCCCGACAUGAAGCUAUGCCAACCAUUGUUUGUCUGCCGCAUCAGGUUUAUUAUUGAUGCAAUUCCAUUAGUUGAAUCUGGACAGAAUUCAUUCUCAUGGUAAUACUAGCUUGUGUUUGUAAUCUAGUCAUGAAUUGAGUGAGCAUCAUUCAAAUUACAGGACAAACACUUGUUUCCUGUGUGGUUGACCCUUAAAAGGCAGCUUCCAAGAUGGAUGUUUGUGGUGGUGGGAUUAGCCUGCUAAAUGCUUUAAGCUCAUCUCAAUUUGUCCUCUAAUUUGGAUAUGAAUUUAUGUGGGUGAUGUUGAGACUGGGUCAAUGUCGACUGGCCAUGUGGUUCUUGCACAUCCUUAAAUGGUUAAUGGUGAUGUACGAGUGGAAGUCCUCCACUGGUGAUGCUGACCAUGACCUCCACCCGUGUUAAAGAUUGCUGCUGAGGAUAAGGCAAUGUGUCACGCAUGCAACAAUGCCUUAUGGGUAUGGGUUUUGCCUUUAGCUCACACGUUGCCUUCCUUGUUGUAAUUUGUAUUUACGUUUACUUUUUGACAGACGAAUUUUCCAAAGUGGAAUAGAAACCCAUUAUUUAUUCCUUCCUUCC